AUGAAGAACUGUAAACUCAUCUCCGUCGUAACCCUUCUGUUCAUGGGGUUAAGCUUGAAGACCAGUGACACCUACUGCCCGUGUCAUCCACCAUGGGUUGCCUUCAAUCAGGAGUGCUACCUCAUCGUGAUGCAGAAGAUGUCUUACCAAGAUGCUGAGGAGCACUGCUUGACUUACUCCAGGGCCCUCAGGGAAUGUCAUCUUGCCUCCGUGGCUAACGAUGAGGAGUAUGAUUUCAUCCUAGGUCUUGCAGUGGCCGCAUCGGUGGAUACCUCUGGUCUCUGGCUCGGUCUGAAUGACAGAUUGAAUGCGCUGGACUUCGUCUGGACCGACGGGUCUACUUCAUCCUACCGUCGAUGGAACGCCCCCAAUCAGCCGGAUAACAACAACAACUGCGGGAGAACCAGCGCGAACCACGACUACAAGAUGAGUGAUGCGACGUGUUCAACAAAGCUCGCGUCGGUGUGUAAAGUGAGGCAACGGAAUGUGUAAACUCCAUACGCCGUGUCUUUUGCGUUUCUUGAAAGAAAGACAAAUCAAGCCAACUCGAAA